AUGGGCUCAGUCAACCCCCAUCCCCCCUCUCAGAGGAACGCUCCCCCUCUAAUCAACUCCCUCCACAAAGCCAUUCUCUCCAACGACUACCACGGCGUCCGAAUUCUGAUAGCCCCCAACAAGAACAACGUCGACCAACGUCUCGAGGCCGAAGGCGCUACUUUCCUCAUGGUUGCCGUCCUGUUAGGCCGGCUGAAGAUUGCAACACUAACCUCCCCGAAACUAUCUGCCGCACAACCGCACAUCCGCAGCCAGCAAGAUCGCCCCAACGAUGAUGAGCAGCCUCAGGAGAACAAUGAUUCUGUAGAGAUCGUUGUGGAUGAAGACGACAGGACUGUCUCUCAUGUUGCAGCGACCGAACCGAUCAAGGUCAAGGAUUGA